AUGGCCUCGAUCGCUGGGGCUCCCAGCCCGCCGUCGCACUCGGAUUCCACCAAUGCUUCUACCACCCUCUCGGGAAAGCGAAAGCGCGACGACACGAUAGAGGUUCAAAGUCACAUAAAUGGCAUCACUGAAUCGAAGAACAACCAAACGGGCGAAGACCCACAAGCCGUAAUUCGGGACUUUGUUGAUGUGCUUAAAGCUCACGACUCUGACCCCUUCGUCCUUACACGACCUCUCGCAGAACGUGCUUCCUCGACCGAACCUCAAGCAAAGCGGCAGAAAGCUGAGGGUAGCGACGAAGCAUCUACCGUUAUUACGCGUUCAUCCGCGAACCUCUAUUCUACCCUCGAUGACGUCCUUGAGGAUAUUGAUUCGGCAGUUUCUGAUAUUAUGAAGGAGCUGGGGCUGUCGGACGAUGCUGUUCGGAAUCAUCAAUUCACACCUCUUUCGCACACCCAGAUCGAGGUGUCUGCGAAGGUUUCCUCUUUCAAAAAGAGAGCGCACGAUCUUGCGCAAAAGAACAAAGCCGACAACCAGAAGAUGGCCGGUAUGAAUGGUACCGUUUCGUUGGCGAACGGUGGCUUGGGCUCCAAAGCAUUCACACAAAUCAAUGCGAACCCGGGCGAAAACAAAGCGGUUCUCACUCUUUAUGGAAAUACUGCUGGGGGGCCGCGACAGCUCUUUUCGAGUAAACAGAAACUGGCAUCAGUUAAAGGAGAGGUUCAAGACACCACACUGCCUAUCCAAGAUGCCGGGCUCCCCAAUGGUAUCACCACGACACAUAUUGUGCCUAUCGAUUCUUGUGGCGUGAUUGAGGAAAAUAAACGUGUACCUACAUUGGGCGACCUAUUCCCGACUCCCCCUACUCUACCGACCCUGCAACCACCCAAGCCUUCGAAAGUUGCAACGACGCGAUCAUCCACAGUAGGCUGGUAUCAGCCAGCUACAGCAGAUCCUUCUCCCAAAAGUUCAAGCUAUUUCAAACAAUCGAUUUCGACUGGCCAAUGGCUCGAUUAUAGCAAUACCUCUGCGGUGCAAGAUAAUAAGAGAAAGCAACGUGACCGAGCCAUGAGCCUUGGUGGAUCUAAAGCACCCCAACUGGAUAUUGAUGCCGCUGAAUCUGAAGCUGCAAAGUUGGAAGGGCUCUUCCGAGGUGCUUAUUCUAGCUUCGCUCCAACCAAAGAUGACGCAGCGGCUAUUGUUCCCGAAGGCCAGCUCAAUCGCGCUUGGUGGCAGCGAUUUGGGGAAAAGAGUUUCCAACGAUUGGUAGAGAAUGCGAAUGAGCUUGAUGGUGUUGCCAUCGAUUCUACUGAAACUGGCCCAGCAAAGAUUGAAGACGACGUUGACGAAGACGAGAAGUUCCGUGAAGCUGUGGAGAUGUUCGAAAAGGAAGCGAUAGAUCCCAGCCUCGGGACUACUGUUGAGAAAUCAGUGGAGGAGAAAGAUGUCGACGAGGUUCUCGAAAGUAUCUCUGAGCUACUGGAGACAUUGAACUCCUACCAGCGAAUUCGCCAUUUGUCGCUAAAUCCGACAAAUCGCCCCAUGGGACUCCUCUCUACUACUGACACGACAACCCUCGGAACUCCUUCAAAGCCUAGCGAAUCAGAACUUGCAACAUACGAAGUUCUCAAGUCUCAACUUGCAUUAAUGAUCGCUACUCUACCGCCGUUUGCCGUUGCUAAGCUCAAUUCUGAUCAGCUGGCGGAGCUGAGCAUCAGCACUAAAAUUCCUAUCCCAAUGAAAGAAUAUAACGGGGUUAUGGAGGAAGACGAGGCAUCUAGAACGAAGCUUGCAGGAUUGGCUGCACCUUCUACCGCUCCACGUGCUGCUCAACCUGUAUCGCUCCCACGCAACAAUUCCGCUGCUUUCUUUGGCAACCAAUAUUCUGCACAACGCCCUGCAGGGCCUAUACCCCAGCAGUACUAUGGUUCUCAGACACCGAUUCGGCAACCACCGAACAAUUAUCAACGACCACCUGCCACUGCUCCUGCUCCUUACCCAUUGCAACGACCUGCAUCUGCUACACCUUAUAGAUCAGCCCCAUACGCAGCGCCGGCAUAUGCGCACCAGGCUCCUAGGCCCAUCCCUCAACAAUAUAACCCACCGUAUCCUCCACAAUACCCUCAUACACCCGGUGCACAGCCUUAUGCUCGUCCUCCUACCCAGCCUUACCAAGGCAUGCCACAGUCUACUUCUCAGACACCUAUGAAUGGGCGAUAUCCGAGCCAGCCUUCUUACCCUCAGCAAGCUCCGGCACAAAAUGGGCUUGGCUAUCCAUAUGGCAAUGGUAUUAAUGCCAAUCGCCAACCUUCUCCUCAGAAGCCGCUUUAUAGCCCGCAACCAACCCCCUCUCAGUUGCAGGGCCGACCUUCAUAUUCCACACCAACUCCGCCCACGUCUCAAGGGACCCGUCCAUACCUUCAAAAUCCAUUGAGCCAAAAUUCAAUGAUGAACGGAGGCUCUUCUCAGUCACCGCAACCACAGCACACGCAACCAGCUCUCGGCCCUACCAAUUACAGCACAUUCAUGACAACCGCGGAGCAGGCAAGUAUGAUGGAGCGUCAGCGGGCACAACUGGCACAGCAGCAAGGCUUGCAACAGCAAGCGAGGAACGCAGCACAGGCAGGUGCAAUGGGAUCUCCAUCUAAGACACAAGUCAAUGGCAAUCCAGUUGCUGCUGGACUAUGA